AUGUCGUCGCUUCCGGCGGACCGCAGCGCCGUGGCCCUGCGAUCCGCGGGCUCGGUGCUGAUCUGUUGGGUCUUUGGGACGAUGGCGGCAGUGAACUUUAAGCACGUCUCUCACUUGAUGGUGCCAUGGCUGCGCCGAGGGUGGCCCCUGAAGUCCACUGAAGUAGCACUGGCCUGUGUGGUCAGUUUCGCCACUCCGAUGAACCUGCUGGGCGACACCUGUCGUAAUGCCUUCAUCUGGGCCUCCUCCAUUACAGUUCUGACACCGCUGGGGCUGGGUUGCUGCUAUUUGUGUUUUCUGAUUGGUGGACUACAGUGGAAUCUCUGGGUCCUUGCUGUAGGUCUAGGAGCUACCGUGCUGUUGGGAGUGCUGUGGAGUUUUUCCGCCGCGCACCUCCAUUCACCGCGCAUGAUGUUGGCCGGGAACUCCGCCACGGUGGUGAUCUGCAUUCUUCCACUAGCUUUGGUCCUGGGGGGUCAGACAGACUUCAAAGGGAGCUGCGAGAAGUACUCGACCUACAAGGCCAAGUGGGGCAGAGUCAUGGACAACCGGCUGCGACGGGAAAUACUGCCAGCAGGCCCUAUCACGGCUGACAGGGAGAUCAAACAGCUCCAAGCUCAAGUGCGCAACCUGGAGCAGAAAGACCAUGUGCAGCUGCUAGUGAGCUUGGCAGGACUGGUGACGGCAAUCUUCAUCGGAGCGCUCUUGCCGUUGAUCAUCAGUCAUUUGCCCUACAUCGGCGCCGCAGCGAGCGCCAGCGCCGUGCCACGGGCGGCGGCCAAGAAGUUGGCGGCACUGGCAGAUCUCUGUGAGGCCGUGGCCAUCUAUCCGUUGCCCACCGCGGCAGCCUUGCACCGGCACCGCGAGUGUCGAUUGAGGCUUCUGAGCUCAACCCAGGAGUUGAAUGCCGCCUGUCAGUCGGCCAAGAUGGAACUCACGGAGUUUGACCUCUUCCCAGAGGGCCUGGCCGAGUUCCAGAAGCAGACGGAGGAAUGCCGCCGUUCCUUGCAGAUGAAGUCCACGAUGCUGGCAGCGGGUUUCAGCUCAGUGACCUUGGACUUGUUCUUCAGAGGCACCCCGGGCGAACAGCUGCGCGCCACCUCCGUGUGGUCAGCGCACGCGCUGCGCAGCAGCGGAUCGUACCUGCUCAGCUUGGCGGGGGAUCAACCGCCCGAGGCGUGUCCAGGGUUGCCGGGUCGAGGCGUCAAGGCGUCAUCAAAAGAUAUAGCGACAAGUACUUAG